AUGAACUCUUUCAGAUUGUUACUGUUAGGGGCACCUGGCUCAGGAAAAGGUACAAUAACGAAGAAAUUGAAAAAUGUUGUACCAAAUUUACAAUCCAUUGCAUCUGGUGAUUUAUUACGUCAAGAGAUUCAAGCAAAGACAAACCUAGGACAGAUUGCUUCAGAAUAUAUCGCUCAAGGGAAGCUAAUACCAGACGACCUAAUAAUUUCAUUAGUGGCAAAUCAUAUAGGCGUUUUGUCGCAAGGUACCACAUCAACGACAAUUAUGAAACCAUGGUUGUUAGAUGGGUUUCCAAGAACGUUACACCAGGCGACUGCGCUGAAUGGUAUCUUGACACCUAGAGACCAGAAUUUGACAAAAGUGAUUGAAUUAGAUGUCCCCGAAUCUGCAAUCCUUGGGAGAAUAGAAACUAGAUAUGUCCAUGUUCCUAGUGGGAGGAUCUAUAAUUCAUCAUACAACCCACCUAAGGUUUCGGGUUUUGAUGACGUUACUGGAGAGCCUCUGGUAAAACGUUCCGAUGAUAACGAAGAGACAAUCAUUAAACGAUUGAAGGAUUAUUAUACGAUGGUGAAACCUUUGAAACAGUUCUACAAGGACAAAGGUAUACUGAUUACGGUCCAUGGUGAAACAUCAGACAUUAUCUUCCCUCAGGUAUUGCAAGCACUCGAAGAGAGGUAA